GGAUGAUGGAGUGAGCCAAGGAAAGAAUGACCAGUUGCAUCUGAUCCUGGCCCACAGAGACUGACCGGAAAGAUGGAGCAACAGUCAAGGAAAGAGGUUUCCAUCCCGAUGACCACCCUUGAUCCCCGUCCAGAGCCUUACGCGCCUAGAUAUCCAUCGUCCUACCCACCGCAAUCCUAUCCACCGCAAUCCUACGGCCCAGAAAAAUAUACACCGGAUUCCUACUUACCGCAGCCUUGUUCAGGAGAGCCUUACACUCCAACAGAAAAACAGUUUGCCUCGGCUAAAACUGCAACCCUAUCAUUAUUUUUUCCUCUAUCCUCCCUGUUUUUCUUCUCUCUUGGUUCAGAUGGCUGUUGUGGGGAGUGUCCCUCUCCCCCGCCAUAUUCCUGUGAAGAUGUUCCCUGCGACCGAGUGGGACCAGUUUGCAUGACUAACAACCCACCGGUUGUGGUUGCUGGGAUCUUCUCAAGCAAACCGGCGUCUACCAUUUGCCCCUGCUGCCGCCAGAUCAUCACUACGGAGGUGGUCUACCGGGUGGGAUCCCUGACAUAUGCCGUCUGCACCGGGAUGUGCAUGAUGGGCUGCUGCCUUGGCUGUUGCCUCCUGCCCUUCAUGACCAAUUGCUUCAAAGAUGUUGACCAUUAUUGUCCUCACUGCCGGUACCACAUCUACCGAUACAAGAGGCUCUAGGCCCCAGGAGGAAAAGCAUCUCCAAGCAACUCAGAAGGGGAAAAACCAACCGGGAGUAAACCAAAUGUCCUUUCUUCCAUGGAUUCCUCCAUCCUAUUCCAGCCAAUUCUUUAUUUCUCUGCAGUCCCCAC